AUGACUCUCUCUGCCGUUGUGGCCGACGCGCUGACGAACAUCGCCCAACCCUCACCCGACGAUCCGAUCCUCCGAUGCGGCGAGGAGCUUCAAGCCUUCCUUUUUAAUGACACUGAGAAGGUUCUCAAGCGUGCAGACGAGAAGUUGCACGUGUUUCCCUUCAAAGAUGUGGAUAUCUGCUGGCGACGUCUGUUCGCAGACGCGUCAAUCGUGUCGGCAUGUUUCACCAUAAUCCGCAACUGCGACCUGAGCCUCAAAACCCGGCAGACGGCAGAUCAUAACAUAAAUGUUUCACAGCUCAUCCAAGAAGUCAAGGAAGCCCAAGCAAAUGUCAAAAUUGUUGCAAGUGUCCCUUGGUUGCGAAACGUCAUUCAUGUCCUGGACAAGGCGUUGAUUAUGACUGGGGCGCCUCUACGGGAGAAGCUCAUCGAGACUUUGCUGGAAACUCUGCAAGCGGCCACAGACUGUCAGUGCUCCAAUGAGUCUCCUGAGACAUGCUCACCACCUUCCCCCAAGCGCCGAAAGACCUCGCAACCCCUCUUCCCUUCGAACGCCGUGCCCGAGCCCCGCCUCACGCAUCCAAUCCCCCGCAUAUCGGCCCCGUCGUUCGAUUCGAUCCAGGACCACAUCAAUGAUGUUCGCCAGCCACUCGUGAUUACCGACACUGUGGGCCACUGGCCUGCCUUUACGACACGGCCGUGGACCUCACGCGAUUACUGGUGGGAUCGCACGUUCCACGGUCAUCGGCUUGUCCCUGUGGAGGUGGGCAGGUCAUAUACCGAUGAGGGCUGGGGACAGAAAAUCAUGGAGUUCAAAGACUUCGUGAAUGACUACAUCUGGCACGGAGAGCUCGACCUGGGCUCUGGGCGGAAGGACGAAUUGAGUUCUGGUGAAGAGACGGGAUACAUGGCGCAACAUGACCUCCUCACCCAGAUUCCGGCGCUCCGUAAGGACAUCGGCAUCCCAGACUACUGCUAUAUUAGUCCUCCAGCUCCGGAGCGAGGAACACCUGUGUACUUGGCCAAGAAGCGCGAAAGCGAAGCAGCAAAGUCCAAGGCCCGGGAGGCAUCGGGAGAACAACAUCCGUCCGAUUCGAAGGACGCUUCUCCAGCUCCCGUGGACGACAGCUCCUCCGAAGACGAUCCAUACUUGCCGUAUCCUGAAGACCCAAUCAUCAAUACCUGGGUUGGUCCCUCUUGGACUAUUUCACCUCUCCAUCACGACCCAUACCACAACAUCCUCGUACAGGUGGUGGGGACGAAAUACAUCCGCCUUUACUCUCCUCAUACUCCCGCCUCCAAAAUCCAUCCUCGUGGAAAGGAAUGGGUUGUCUCUAAAGAUCCUAAUGACCGUGCAGAAGUUGGUUCUGAACCAGAGAGUGAGCCCGCCAAAAAACUCAUCGACAUGUCCAACACCUCCAAGGUUGACGUUGCUGCUAUCGAGCUUUCCCCUGCAGAACAUGAUCACUGGGAUGCAAUGUGGCCUGGCUUCAUGCAAGCGGAUUACGUUGAGACUGUUCUACAUGAGGGUGAAUCCCUGUACAUUCCUGUUGGGUGGUGGCACUAUGUUCGUGGUCUGCGAGCUGGCAUCAGUGUCAGUUUCUGGUGGACCUGA